ACUUAAAAAAAAUAACUGAACGUUUAUUAGAGAAAAAUUAUGAAGAAUUUCAGGCUGAUUAUGAAAAGAUUUCGAAUUUUAUAGCCCAUGAUUUAGCGGAUACGUUUAAAUCGACACCCAAGAGAUUAGAACAAUAUGGAAAGGACGUAGCUAAUAUUAUCUCUUCGAUUGUACAUGGAACUUGGUCGAAAGAUCAUCAUCCGAGAGCUAUAGAGGAUGUUAGAACCAAUUUAUCUUUGUAUAUUUCAGAUUUUUUUGAUACAUUACAUGGAUGGUCGAGAGAAAACGUCGGAACAAAAUGUCAUCGAAUUGGAUCUAACAUUAAAAAUUUAGCGAAUAAAAAUAGUUAUUAUCCACCGCAAAGUCCUUGGGGGCCGGAAAUUGCAUUAAAAGGAAAAUAUGCGAAAAUUUAUUGGAACGUCAAGGAGCUUUCAAUGAAACAUCCAUUGACGAUUGAUUCAAAACACAAAGUACUAUCCUGUGUUGACAAUUGUGAACCACUAAGUGGAGAAAUCUAUCGUUAUUUUGCAUUUACUGGUCCUUAUAAACGUGCACUUACAAUAAAUGAUGAUAAUACAAUUGGCAUGGAAGUUUAUGAUUUUACAAAUCCUGCGCAACUUUGGAGAAUUG